AUUGUUAUAUUGAACUUAUAGAGGCCAAUGAUUGGUACUACAUUGAACACUUCCUCCCCAUACAAAUUAUCUCUGGUCUAUACUCAAACCUAUCAAAGGAAGGACAUUGCAGUUGUCCAGAUAAAUUUAUGAUAUAUGUUUUAAUUCAGCUGCCAUAGGUAUUAUACUUAAGUGAGUACAUAUUAGAAGUAAUUGUCAUUUAACGUCUGUAAUCCAAUGAAUUCUUCAAAUGUUGAUGUUCUGUGCACCGGGACCGAGGGGAUAUCUUCAUAUCUGCUACAUAGUAAUGACUGUCACAAUAGUGACGGGGAAGUACUGGAAUCUUUACUACAGAAAAUCCAUAGCCUGGAAAAAGAACGUCAGAUUCUUAAGCUUCGUCUGGAGGCUGUUGAGAGUGAUUACGAUGCUCAAGUAAAAGAACUACAGACGGAUAUAAUUGCCAUGCGUAUAGACCUGAAGAAGGAAAAGAAAAUGUGUAGACAGAUCGAACGUGAGAAAAAUACUACUAUAUCCGAGUUAAUUCAACAGAACCAAUCUUUAACUUGUCGGCUUAAUUCUUCCAGUGAGAAUGAAGCUCUUUUAAGGGAGGAAAUGUCUACCUUGAGGUUGGAAUUUUUGAAGCACAAGUCGUCUAUGCAGGAACAUGUUCAGUCAAUCGAGUCUUUGAGACAAGAAAUCACUAAAUUACGUGAGGAGAAAAACCACUUGGAAAACCAGUUAAACACUGUUAUGGAGGAAAGAAAUAGCCUUCUAGAUUCACUCAAUGAUUCUUAUCAAGAAAUAAGGAUGAUGAGACAUGUGACUAACGAACACGUUGCUACCAUAAAUAUUCAAGACGCAGAGAUUACAAGACUUCAAGAGACAGCUAGUAUACUUCACAACCGGCUCCAUAAAUUGUCGAUCCAAACAGGUGAACAGAAAUCUAGUAGUAAUGAGGAUGAUCGCGUGAAACCAGUAGAUUCUCAACCACAUCGUUCUUUGAUGGCCGAACUAGCUGAACAAAAAAUGAUUCAAGCAGAGAAUUAUAAUUGUUCGCCAUUUACUCUCGAGGAUGAUGACAAUGUGGAGUUUGAAAUGGAUGACGAUACAUACAUGGCUUACUUAUCAUGUUUUGAUCAGGAUAUUAUUUCAGAUAGUUUGGUACCGUCUGAUUCACAUAAUAUUGCAUUAGAAUCUUCUAAUAUAAAUACGAAGGAAACAUUUAUAAACGAGCUGAGAUCGGAAGUAACGGAAAUUUAUCAGCAGAUGAAUCGAAUGUGUGUGGAAUUAUGUGCUCUUACUGGAACGCAACAAGAAUCUUGUAGUAAAAUUGGUACUCAUACUCCUGAUGAAUUGGCCAUGGUUGAAAUGGAUUUUCGUUUGGGCUCAUUACGUUCUGUAUUGACUGAUUUACGUGGACUGCUGAAAGAUUUGAGGGUUGAGAUUCCAGAACAGCCUACAUCAUCAAACUUAUCUAAAGAUACAGUAAUAUCAGAUGGAAGUAAAGCAGAAACAGUUGAAAUGUGCAUUAAAAAUACGCUUACGAAUGGAUUGUGAAGAUAAGUGUUGAAAUGUUUGUCAAUAAAUAUGAUCCCAAAACAAAUGUGGAUUUUUCUCUCAUUAAUUUAUAAUGUUUCAUUUUUGUUUAUUUAAUCUAGUUGAAAUGACUAACAAUUAUGGAAUGAGAAAAUAUUGUCUCUCAUUUUAGAGUCCUUUUUGAUUAGGCCGUUUUACUAAUAGUUCUUAAAUAAUUAUCAAUAUCUUCUAAACAAUUAUAACAACUCGCUUCAUCAUUGACUCAAUGGAUGAAUGAGUUUUGCUGUUGACCGAACUGUUGUUGAUUCAACCUCAUUCAGGGGCAAAAGGUACUUUUGUAGAGUAGUAACUCGGUAGUCAAGACGUUGGCCUUUGAAUUAGUAGGUCUCAGGUUCGAAUUCCUCCCCAUCUGCUUUGGUUUAGGCAACUGAGUAGCAUCAAUAACCCUCACUCUUCGUGUUUGGCUUGUAGCCAAAUAUCUGAUGAAUGAGUUAAUGAAUUUUAUCGUUAAGAAUUGUCUCCUGAAACGGGCUUCCUUAGUGAUUUUCAGCAAACAUCUUAUAGACUGAAUUUUAUUAAGAAUAAUUUUAUAUUCUAAAACACUCGUUCACAAUUUCGAUCCAAAUUCAAAUCUAUCCCAUUUAUAGUUUAAAAUUUUAAAUGCGACAAUGGUAAAAUGCAAAAACAUAAUCAAAUAUCCGGCUUCUUUGUUCAGAGUGAUCUAUUACACUAUCAUAAGAGUUAACAGAAUAAAUAAAAAUGAUUGGCAAACUUAUAGUUCAAAUCACUGCUAGUGAUUUGUGUAUUCUGUUUGACUAAGUCCAAUACUUCUUCAAUGUAUUUUUACUCAAUUUUUUCCUUUGCUUAGCCUCUUCAUAUGUCCAGUUCAACCAAUGUGCAGGAUAUUCCACUUGCUAAUUAUGAAAUGGAAUGUCAACUUGUUCGUUCAGAACGUGAUGCACUUGCAGCUGAACUAUUAAAUGCACAACAAGAACUUCUUGAACUCAAAAGUCAAAUUGAAAAUGGUUCAGGAAACUCGAGUGAAGUGAAAAAUUUGCAAAUCACUAAAGGAAAUAAUUUUGUUGCUAACUGGGAGGAGUUUGAAGAAGAAAAAUACGAAUUUGAAAUGCCUCUCUAAAUUAUCCAAUUUCAUUGAAUCUUGUACUGUUCAAGGCUAUCAUAACUGCUGCAUAAUUUGAUGCAACGUUUGUUUCCUGCUUUUUUUUCUCGCUUAGUCAUGUAUGUGUCGUUUAUUCGUUACUAUGAUUAUGACUAUAAUUGUCGUUUUCGUGAACAACCAAAUCAAUUUGUUUUUAAUAUGUUUUUCUUCUAACAAAAAUAUUCUGUGAUCUCAAACUGAUUGCAUUUAAUAUUAUUUUCCUUUUAUAUUUCUUGUUACUUAUACUGUCAUUAUUAAAUACUCAAUGAUUUGGAUUAAAUGUGUUUCUCAAACUUUAGUAUUACGCCUUAUUACCUUAACAUAACUUACAAAUAUAUUAAAAUGCGUUUAUCACUGACAAAUAAUGGAGUGAAAUAAAGUUGUUGCACAUAGAGUGUUAUCUACUAUGAUUCAGAAAUCCAUUUUGUUCGACCGAAGUUACUUUUCUAAGUUAUUCCUUAAUAGUUAGUACUAUUUGUUGAUUUCGAUGUUUCAAGUAAGGAUAUGCUAUGUCGAGUGAUUGGCGAGUGGUGAUUUAUAUCUAUGUUGUUUUAUUUGGUUUUAUUCACAAAAUUGGCAUAGCUAUAAUAGUAGAUAUUUUGAAAUAACCAUGUAUAUAAACUAGUACAUCUAACAUUGUAAUAACCAUUACUUAUGUAUUAAUGAUGUAAGUUAUUGACACAAACAAACUUGUGUAACAAAGUUCACAAAUUUUCACUUAUAAUUGCCAUUUUAAACCGUUUUAUAUAAAUAUUUAAAUUUACUCUCUAAUCGUCAAAUUAUCAUGGAAUCCAUUAGACAAACUAUAACAAUAUCAUGUAAACAUUAGUGGAACUGUUGUAAACAAUUUUGAUUUUUAUAUAUUGGUUGUUUGGAUCUUUCCAUUAAUGUUGAGCCCUGGAAUUG